CUUGCAACGAUCCUCCUGCCUCAGCCUCCGAAGUGCUGGGAUUACAGGCAUGCACCACCACACCUGGCUUCCAUAGCAGCUUGAAAACUCACUGAGAGCAGGCGCUCUUUGACACAGACACCUCUGCUGCCUCCCUGACAUGCAGAGUCAGUGCUAGGUGAAAGUAAGUGAAGGAUUUCAAGAGAACAGAGUUACAGAUAACUAAGGGUUGGAUGUUUUAAUGACUAGUUUUAUUGCCCAGGUAAAUAUUCACCACAGUGUCACAAAAAGUCCAUUUAAGAAUAACUGCAUUUUAUUUAUAAACUCAUAGUCUUUAUACAAUAAGCAUUUUAUUAAGUUUCAGAAAUAAAUCUCUUUGGGAACAAUUACAAUGUACUUUAAAUCUUUAGAAAUAAAGACUCCCUCCAACACUAAAAUUUAAGGUUCUGGAAGUUAAAUGAUGGAGGACAGGGCUAAAGACACAAGCUUUAUUUAUUUAUUUAUUUAUUUAUUUAUUAUUUUGCUGUGUUUUGAGAAAAGGGCCUUGCUAAGUUACCCAGGCUGGGCUCCAACUGUCCAUUUUCUUCUCUCAGUCACCCUAGUUGCUCUAAUUGUGUGUCCCACCAUGUCUGACACAGAAGACUGCUUCAUUCGGUACGUUGUUCUUUUUAUUUUGUAUUUGUCUUUUUGCAAUAUUGGGUACAAACAAAUGGUAUCCUGCAUGGUAGGGAAGUGUUUUACCACUAAACUAUGAACCCAGUAGAGUCACUCUUUAAGACACUUGGAUAAGUUUUGGGUUAUGUAUUUUUUUCACUUAUUAGUAUUUCAUUUAAGACCCUGUGAUUAAAAUUGUUAUUAUUAGUUUUUGGUACCAGGAAUUGAACUCAAAACCUCACACUUGUCAGCAAGCACUGUGCUUGCUGACACUGAGUAAUAUCCCCAGCCCUAAAAUUAUUUUUAUAAUUAGAUACUGUUAGUAUAUGGAUUUCAGAUUUAUUCAUUUGGAUACUGUGCAUUAACAUCAGAGGAAUUCUAAUACAGAGUUUAUCUCUUGACCUUUUUAUCUUAUUUAUUUUACACUUUGAGACAGAAUUCCUCUAGGUUGCCCAGGCUGACCAUGAACUUGCAGUCGUCCAGCCUCCGUGUACUCAGACAGGAUUACAGCCACAUAUCAUUGUGGCCCAAAGACCAUUUGAACACACCUUUCUACAAACAUGCAAAAUAUUGUUUAUUCAAGUAUCUGAGCCAGCAAUUAACAGAAAAAUAACAAGCACAUAAGAGGCUCUGAGUGUGAUCCCAACAAAAUAAAAUGAAUGAGUAAAUAAAAUAUAACCACAGAGAGAUACUGAAUACAAAGACAGUAGCAGAGGGAAGGCUAAGAGGAAGUAUGACUGCAGUAAAAGUCCCUGAGGAGGCUUCUGCUGAGCGAUCACUUGAAUUAUGAGUUGGCCAGGUGAGGUCUUCUGCACCUGUACCUUGGCUACCCCAGAGGCUGAGGCAGGAGGAUGACAAAUCCCUACAAAACCUGGGCAACUUAAAAAUACCCUCCUUCAAAAUAUCAAAGAUUUAGAUGAAAAAGGCUAUCGAUAUAACUUGGCGACAGGUCACUUGCCUAGCAUGUGGGAAGUUUUGGAUUCACUCUCCAGUAACACAGAUGAUUUAAAAAUUUAAAAAAAAUACAAAAUGAAAAGAUUGGGACUUUACUCAGUGGUACAGCAUGUAUUUAGAUUGUGAGAGGACCAAUUCAAUCUUCAACAUUGUUAAAUAAAAUCAUUUUCUAUCCCUGCAUAAUUGCUUUGUUUUCUCCACCUUGUUUUCCUUAAUGUGUGUCACUAAUUGCCCGCCUGGACUCAAAAAGCAGGUUGAAAGCUUCCUGAUGACAGGCAUUCUUGGGCAGAAACAGUCUUUGUUGUGUCCCUGAUGUGUAGAGGCAACCCUAGGUGAAUGAAAAUGAAUAUCUGAAGAGAAGUAAAUUAUAUAUAACUGACCGUUGGGUUGGGUCAUCUUUACAGAUUAGAAUCUGGCGCAGUCAUCUCUCACAUGUUAGUUGGCAUAAAUAUCCUUUCCUAAUGAACAUCUUCAGUUUUGCUCCUAGGAGGCUGAUUCCUGCCACUACCACUGACCAGUAUCCAUCCCUAGGUCAGUGGGUCUCUGACCCUGCUGGGCAGGGCUCCUCAGGGUCUUCACCCCUUGAACCUCCCUGUUUGUGGAGGUUCUUGUAAGAGUGCAUUUUUUUGUCAUCAACUCCUUAUGGUGAGUGACACACUCGGCUUUCCUUCUCUCCUGUUUCUUCACCACCGAGGUCCAUGAAACCUGCAGUGUUCUAUGAGGGUAGAUGUUGCAGGUAGGAUGAGAAAGAGUUUGCAGGCCUAAGAGAGCACAAAAAUGAAGCUCGGAGGGAAAACCUUUAUCUAUUUCCAGGUCUCAGUAAGGAGGCUGCCCAUGCCGGGGAGAGCAAGGGGAAGCAUCUUGGGUGGGUCGCAUGGCAGAGCCUUUAUUGGAAUUUCUGAAGGCGCAGCAAGCCAGAGCUGGUUGGAAAAUUGCAAAAAUUCCAAUGGGACAUGUUUGUUGGGAAGGUCACUAUAUGAUGACACUUGGCCUGUGAUGAUUUACAGCAUGGGAAAUAUUAGGGAAAUACCUUGUGUGAGAGAGUUAGGUAAGGAAGGUGUUGGGAGUGUAGAUGCAGGAAAUGUAAUUUUGCAGAAGAAGGACAUGCUGCUGGUGGAAUUGAUUAUGUUUGGAAGAUUUGGCUGUCUUUUUUUUUUUUUUUAAUGUGCUGCUGGGGAUUGAACUGAGGGCCUUGGCAUGCAAGGCAAGAGCUCUACCACUGAGCCACAUUCCCAGCCCAAGAUUUGGCUAUCUUGAGGAGGAGAUAUCUACCAGACCAGAGAGGCUUGGAGGCAUACAAACUUCAUAAAAUACAGAAGGAGGUUGAUUCCUCUCACUACCACUGACCAACAUCCAUCCCUAGGUCAGAAGGUCUCUGACCCUGGUGGGCAGGGCCCCUUAGGGCCUUCAUCCCAUGAAUCUCCCUGUUGUUUGUGGAGGUCCUUCUGAGGGUGCAGUUUUUUUCAACUGCUUAAGGUAAGUGAGACACUUGGCCUUGCUUCUGUCUUGUUUUCUCAGUGCCCCAGUCCAUGACACCCGCAGUGUUCUCCCAGUGUGGAUGGUGGAGAUAGGAUGAGAAACAGUUUGCAGGCCUGGGAAAGGACAAGAAUGAGGGCUGGAAGGAAGACAUUUAUCUACUUCCAGGUCUCAGUAAGGAGGUUGCCCAUGCCAAGGAGACCCAAGGGGAAGUAGAAGUCAAUGGGGGAAGAACCUCGGUUAAUGGAAGUGGAAGUGUUUCAAAAGAAAGAAAUUAUAGCUAACUAAUGGUUGGAUCUUUACAGAUCAGAGUAUCCUCCUCUAUCCAAACCAUAGUUUUUGCCUGAAGGCAGCGGAAUGAGUGGUCUCUUGUUGACAACUUUCCAUUCCUCAGUUACUGAGGUGAGCUGGACCUAUGUCUUCCUACUCCCUCCCACAGCACCUGGACUUCCUGCCACCCAAACGGCAUGCACCCUGCUCCUUUACCAUAAGUCAGGGCCAAGCCCAUUUGCCCAGAAAAUCCUUCCACUCAUCCACAAUGUAUUGACCAUGAGCAAUGUACUUUACCUCUAGCCUGUAAAAUGGAAUAAUGGCAUCCACCGUUCUCCCUUCCAGUAUACAGUUCAAACCAAAAUACUCUCCUCCCCCUGCUCUGCUUUUCCCUCCCCUCUCUGCACCUAUGAUUAAGAUUACUUUCAUUUUUUUUUUAUAAUUAGAUACUGAUAGUAUGUGGAUAUGUAUUUUCAUUACUGGGGAACCCACUGUAGAAAACUGGCAUUGAGCUACAUCUCCAACCAUCCAUAUAUAUAUAUUUCUUUUUUUUUCCUUUUUGGAGACACUGUCUUGCUAAAUUACUAAGUUGCCCAAGGUGGUUUCAAGGUUUUGAUCCUAAUGCCUCAGCCUCCCUGGAUUUUUUAUUGUAGUAAUACAUAUAGAAUCUAAAUGCACAGUUCAGUGACAUCAAGUAUAUUGACAUUAAAUUGAGUUUUAAGUCUCCUUUAAACAACCAUUUUCCUAAAAUAAAUAAGAUUUAAAAUCUGGUUCCUCAGGUAAGUUAGCCACAUGUGAAAUGCUCAUGUUCUCUUUUUCAUAAAUAGAUGUAUAACAUGCAAAUAAAGGUAAUUUUAUCUCCUUUCAGGUAGAAAUAGCUUGGCUUGAUGUUGAUGUGUCAGUGGGCAAACUUUAAUACUGCAUUUAUUCAUUGUUUAAGAUAGAACGCAUUUUUGUUGUGAAUUCAUCAGGAAUGGAUUUCCAUUGUUUACAUUAGAAAGUAAUAUUUUUCCUUAUAAGCUCAGUCAGCCAGUCAGACUUACACCUAUUUUCCCUUUCUCCUUUGAAACUCUAAAUAUACUGAAUCAAACUUCCUGAUGAAUCUUGUCUUUAUUAUCACUUGAAUUAUCAGUCUUCAUUUCUGUACACAAAAUCUAAGGGCAAUGGAAUUCCAAGAGAGACAAACUUUGCUUCCAGUUGGCAUUUGGUCCUGACUGCUGGCAGCCUUUAUUUGCCUGGGAAAAAAAUUCUGCUUAAUCCUCAACGCCCCAUUUCAAAUGUCACUCCAUUUGCAAAACUUUUCCUGAACACUAUUCACUCAGGUUAAGUCCAUCCACUGGCCCCUACUAUUACUGUCCUCAUUUGUUUUAUUAUUAUUAUUUUUUUGUUCUGGAACCGGGAAUCAAACUUACGACCUCGCACUUGCCAGGCAGGCGCUGUGCCACUGAGCUAAAUCCCCAGCCCCUUACUGUCCUCAUUUGAAGCAGGGUGAUGCUGUGGAUAACCAAGUAGGCACAGCUCCGGAUACCCAGCAAAAUAGUCUCUGGAAAGUAGGUACAGCACCUCCAAUGCAUGGCUCUGAGUUCCAAAUUAAUAUUUUGGGACUCCAUAAAGGAGCAUCUCUGGGUCUGUCACCCCAAAACAAGUGAAGUCUUAGAUUUGGGGCAGAUACUGUGCAGCUUCAGAUUGAAUUCCGAGAAGACAGUACUCAGAAGAUGAAUAAAACCUGCCUUGAAAACUUUCAGGCUUUCAUGUCUUCUGUUGGUUUUGCGGGGAGGGGUGUUAAUUACUAUUAUUUACUCUGAUAAGUUAAAUUAGCUUUUCAUUUCAUGGCAGUCUAAAGCAAGACUUGAACAACCCAACUAAUAAAAGCUGAAGCUGGGAUUUACACCGUCUGUUUAUAAACAGCACCGUCUGAAGACUGUCUUCCCACCUGGUCUGCAGGGACAAGUCUAUUGGUAGUGACAGCUAAGCACUCUUAAACAGUGCAAGGAAGACUUGAACAAUGACCAUAGUUGACAAAGUUGAGUCUUCAGACCCAGCAGCCUGUCAGAAUCAGCCUGGCUGUUCCGAGGCAGUCUCUACUGGAGACAUGGAUGCAGGCUCUGCCGGCUGGAGUGCUGUGUCUUCAUUAAGUGAUGUUUCCAAUCACACACUUUCUUUAGGACCAGUACCUGGUGCUGUUUAUUCAAAUUCAGCUGUACCUGAUAAGUCAGAACCAUCACCACCAAAGGAUCAAGCCCUGGGUGAUGGCAUUGCUCCGCCACAGAAAAUUCUUUUUCCCUCAGAGAAGAUUUGUCUUAAGUGGCAGCAAACUCAUAGAGUUGGCGCUGGGCUUCAGAAUUUGGGCAACACCUGUUUUGCCAAUGCAGCAUUGCAGUGUUUGACAUACACACCACCUCUCGCCAAUUACAUGUUAUCACAUGAACACUCCAAGACAUGUCAUGCAGAAGGGUUUUGUAUGAUGUGUACAAUGCAAGCCCAUAUCACCCAGGCACUUAAUAAUCCUGGGGAUGUUAUUAAACCCAUGUUUGUCAUCAAUGAAAUGCAGCGUAUAGCUAGGCACUUCCGUUUUGGAAACCAAGAAGAUGCCCAUGAAUUUCUUCAGUACACUGUUGACGCUAUGCAGAAAGCAUGCUUGAAUGGCAGCAAUAAAUUAGAUAGACACACCCAGGCCACCACACUUGUUUGUCAGAUAUUUGGAGGAUAUCUAAGAUCUAGAGUCAAAUGUUUAAAUUGCAAGGGCGUUUCAGAUACUUUUGAUCCAUAUCUUGAUAUUACAUUGGAGAUAAAGGCUGCUCCGAGCGUUAACAAGGCAUUGGAGCAGUUUGUGAAGCCGGAACAGCUCGAUGGAGAAAACUCCUACAAGUGUAGCAAGUGCAAAAAGAUGGUUCCAGCUUCAAAGAGGUUUACUAUACAUAGAUCGUCUAAUGUUCUUACGCUUUCUCUGAAACGCUUUGCAAAUUCUACUGGUGGAAAAAUUGCUAAGGAUGUGAAAUACCCUGAGUAUCUUGAUAUUCGGCCAUACAUGUCUCAACCAAAUGGAGAACCCAUUAUUUAUGUUUUGUAUGCAGUGCUGGUCCACACCGGAUUUAAUUGCCAUGCGGGUCAUUACUUCUGUUACAUAAAAGCUAGCAACGGCCUGUGGUAUCAAAUGAAUGACUCCAUCGUAUCUACUAGUGAUAUUAGAUCGGUACUCAGCCAACAAGCAUACGUGCUCUUUUAUAUCAGGUCCCAUGAUGUGAAAAAUGGAGGUGAACUUACUCAUUCCACCCUUAGCCCCGGCCAGUCCUCUCCCCGCCCGGUCACCAGUCAGCGGGUUGUCACCAACAAGCAGGCUGCACCCGGGUUUAUUGGCCCACAGCUUCCCUCUCAUACGAUGAAGAAUUCACCUCACUUGAAUGGGACCGGGCCACUGAAAGACACGCCAAGCAGUUCCAUGUCCAGUCCUAAUGGAAAUCCCGGUGUCAGCAGGGCUAGUCCUGUUAGUGCUUCUACUUCUGUUCAGAACUGGUCAGUUAACAGACCCUCUGUGAUUCCAGAACACCCUAAGAAACAAAAAAUCACCAUCAGUAUUCAUAACAAGUUGCCUGUUCGCCAAACUCAAUCUCAGCCUAACCAUCAUAGCAGUUCCUUGGAGGUCCCUAACAAGCCUGUUCCUCCUUCUACUGUCACCAACUGUUCUGCGAUACAGUCUACCUCGAAUGCAUCCACUAUACCAGUUUCUAGUAAAGUAGCAAAGCCACUCUCCCCAAGUGAGUCAUGCUCCAAGCCAGUGAUGAAUGGGAAGUCCAAGAUGAGCUCCAGCGUGCUGGUGCCCUAUGGCGCAGAGUCAUCUGAAGAGUCCGAUGAAGAGUCCAAGGGCCUGGCCAAAGAGAAUGGUGUGGGAAGGAUGACCACAGCUCACUCUGCAGGCCAUGAAGCUGAAGAUGAGGAGGCCCCGCCACAUGAGCUUCAAGAACCUGUCACUCUAAAUGGUGCUAAUAGUACAGACAGUGACCCAAAGGAAAACGGCUUGUCAUUCGAGGGUGCCAGUUGCCAAGUCCAGCCUGCUUUACACUCGGAAAAUCCCUUUUCUAAAGCAAAUGGUCUUCCUGGAGUGUUAAUACCUGCUUCCUUGCCUUCUCUUCCGGAAGACAAAAUCUUAGAGACCUUCAAACUUAGCAACAAAGUAAAAAGCUCAACAGAUGAAACAAGUCUGCCUGGAACAGAGAGAAGUCCGUCAGGGGAGCUUGCUGUGGAGCUUGAGGCUGGCAGUGCCACCACGGGUUCCCAUGAGAAACUGGACCCCAUCACAAGUCUGUGCAGCAAAUUUAAGAAGGCUUUGCUGUCCCCUGAUAGCACCCUCAAAUCUACCAAAGAAGUUGUCUCAGAAAACAGUUCAGCCAAACCUGAUGAAUCUUUGCCCAUCGUUAACAACCUUUGUAACACCAAGACCAACUCUGGGGAUGAUCAACUUCCUGAACUCUAUGACGCUGGGAACUUAACGCAUGAGGGCAGUGAAAUGCCCCAAGAGGUCAAAGGGUUGUUAAUUGAGACCCUGCAGGAUUCUGGUCCAGCAGAAACAGCGGAGAAGCUGAGCCCGGCUCCGCCCGCACAUUCGGAAGGUGGAUGUAAGCAUGAGCUCUUAGUUUACCUCAGCAGAGGCGAGAGUGGUGACGCCGAGGCCCCGUCCCGGAGCACAGGUGUAUCUGCUGUCACGCUGCCCUCUGCUCCACCACAUAGGACCACAGGCGCCCAUCCUGAAGGGGGCCCUGAGCACAGUCUCGGGGAGAGGUGCAGCGAAGGCAAGGCCAUGCAGAAAGUUCCAGAUCACCCUCCAGUUAAAGAGAAAAUCAGCAGCCUUAGAAAAGUUGACCGAGGACAUUACCGUAACCGUCGAGACCGCUCCUCCAGUGGGGAACGUGUGCAGAAAAGUAGGAGUCGGAGUCGGAGCAGGACUGAGGACCACUGUCACAAAAAGCGACGCUCCUAUACUAGAAAGCACAGCAAGCAGGAGUGCCACAUCAUGGAGCACUGCAACGGGAGCCAGCACCUUCUGUGCUACGGUGAGAGAGUCAGCCCAGGCGAGCGCCGAAGUCUGAGCAGGUACAGCUACCACCACUCACGAACCAGGAGUGGGGCUGACCAGGACUGGAGCCGAUACCACCACUCGGACAGCGAGCACGCCUGGCUCCCAGAGAAGUACUACCCUGAGAAGAUGCGGUGGGACAGGUGCAGGUACUACCCCGACAGGCAUCAGCUGGAUCCGGAUCUUCCGGCAGUGUACUCUGACGCUGACCUCCACAGACACAAAAAGAAGAAAAAGAAAAAGAAGAGGCACUCAGGGAAGUCAGAAGACUCUGCAAAAGAACCAGGAUUGCACUCACCAAAGGCCUCGAGCUAUGAGACUGUCCACCAUUUCCGGAGACCCGAGGGCAGCUUCCUGCUCGCGAAUGGCCUGGCUGUGGAGGGCGUUGGACCUUUCCGAAAGAAAACCAAGCAUUUAAGAAUGGAGAGCAGGGCCGACAGGUGCCACCUGUUGGAGUAUGGCCAGGAUUCAACAUGUUCCACAGAAGCCAUCCCAACUCAGCUUAAAUUAUAAACAUAAAUUUGUUCAAAUCUGCGUGGUGCUUCUUUAGUAAAUACUGUACAGAUUUUACCAUGAAUUUUUUUUUUUUUUUAGUUUUUACCUUUUCUUAAUUGCCCUUAUUCCAAAAGGAUGAACACUUUCUACAACUGCUGACCAUUGUAAAAUACAGUGUAUAUAAAUCACAUUGAAAAUAAUGCCCUGGAAUAGAACAUCUCAAAUGCUGCUUAAUUACAGACUCAGGUUGAUUACUUGUAUUUCAUGUAAUGUUCCUCCAAGUUAGACAUCUGAUGGUGCAAGACCAACCGGGAAACCAUGGAAUUAUUAAAAGUACAAACUGACAGUGCGUGUAUUUAAUUUAAAGACUUAUUUAAAAAUUUACAAGCUCUCAACUAGACUUUGAGGGCAGUCUGUUUUCUGUAAUGUCUGAUACUAGAAACUAAUUUGCUUCAUAUUUUAGUUGUAUUCAAGAUUUGAAAAUGUAUUUUAUAGACAAGUUCUGUUUUUGAACUUUGUGGAACUAUUCCAAUCAACUUACCAGUUAUGAUGAGUAUUCACAUUAUGAAUGUAUAAUCCAAACAUUAUUUGUAAAGCUUACAGUAUGUUUUUAUUACAUAACACUUUUUUAUACUGUGUCUUGUCAACUGUAUGAUAUUGGAGUCUGAGUUGUCAGCUUGGUCCCUUAAAGUUUCUAGUUACAGACAAAAUCAUACUGUGAUUUUAUUUUUAAUAUGGAUAUGCUAUCAAACUGUGAUACACUUAUAAUUCACUGGUCCUGCAUCAGGAGACGGAGUGGGGAAAACUGUAUUUAAUACAGUUUCUAUCUGAAUAAUCUGUAUGGUUUAUACAGUUUGUGUUGUUCAGAGAUGUCUAAAGUUUGAUCUUUGUUUUUUUAAAGAUUAAAAAAGCACUUGCCCCACUGUAAAUAUACAGCAUGUAAAAUUUAUAUAGUAUAUAAAUGGCAGCAAAUUAAACA